GUACAAGGGGUACUCUCGCCUCACUGCGCCGGGACUUGACGGAGAGGAAGCCAGCUCACAGACCCGGUCCCGGGCUGGCCCGCUGCUCCUCGGCCUACUCUUCGGAGCGGUACCUCCAUCCUCGAGACCGGCAGCACUGCUUGUGCGGUGCUGCUGAGCUCGCCUUCCGGACACUGCGCCGCGCAGGCUUGUUGGGAACGGGAGGGUGCCGGUUCUUUUUUGUCCCACCCCCUCUCUUUAUUCCGGUUGCUCUGCACUUUGUGCUGGGGAAAUAGGCUGGUGGAUUCCACUUUCGGAAUUGGAGAAAGGUCCAGACGCUAGGCGAGAGUGCGUUGUAGACUUCCUGCUGCCUCCCAGCUUCGGGUAGCUGCUGCAGUGGUCACCCCCCGUCGUUAUUGUCUCUUUGGGUUUUCACAGACUAGAGGUUAGAGAAGAAAAGUCGGAUACGGUUUUCGAAGUUAUAAGCGGAGCAUCUUUUCUAAACCCAAAACAAUGAAUUACAAGGCACUAAUAGUUCUGGAUCCUUGGGUGGUCUUGAUGUUCGCAGAAGAAUUCCUAUAAAACUCAUCUCCAAACAAGCCAACAAAGUGAAACCUGCAGCUCGAACUCAAAGGACUAUUAGCAGGAUGCCUGCAAAGGCCCCAGCAGGUGAUGAAGAAGUCAGCAAACUGGCGUACAGGUCAAAUUUGGUUCCUUUAAAAAAACAAAAAAGUUACUGUUCAGAAGGAUUUGAUUAUAAUGAAGAGCAACGGUAUGACUGUAAAGGGGGCGAACUCUUUGGAAGUCAGCGAAGAUUUCCAGGACACCUUUUUUGGGAUUUUAAGAUAAACAUCUUAGGUGAAAAGGAUGAUACACCAGUUCAUUUCUGUGACAAAUGUGGAUUGCCUAUUAAAGUCUAUGGGAGAAUGAUUCCAUGCAAGCAUGUCUUUUGCUAUGACUGUGCUAUUUUACAUGAAAAAAAGGGAGAUAAAAUGUGCCCAGGCUGUGGUGAUGCUGUGCAGCGGAUUGAGCAGUGUACACGAGGCUCUCUCUUCAUGUGUAGCAUUGUUCAAGGUUGCAAGAGAACGUAUCUGUCUCAGAGAGACUUACAAGCUCAUAUCAACCAUCGCCAUAUGAGAGCUGGGAAGCCUGUUACCCGUGCUUCACUUGAGAAUGUUCAUCCUCCUAUUGCCCCUCCUCCAGCCGAGAUCCCCGAUCGUUUCAUAAUGCCGCCGGACAAGCACCAUAUGAGCCAUAUUCCUCCCAAGCAGCACAUUAUGAUGCCGCCACCUCCUCUGCAGCAUGUGUCGCAUGAGCACUACAAUCAGCCACAUGAGGAUAUCCGUGCUCCUCCAGCAGAGUUGUCCCUGGCUCCGCCUCCACCUCGGUCGGUCAGUCAGGAAACCUUUCGUAUUUCAACAAGAAAACACAGCAAUUUAAUAACUGUCCCUAUUCAGGAUGACUCAAGUUCAGGUGCUAGAGAACCACCACCUCCUGCCCCAGCGCCUGCUCACCAUCAUCCUGAAUAUCAGGGCCAACCAGUGGUAUCGCACCCUCAUCAUAUUAUGCCUCCACAGCAACAUUAUGCACCACCCCCACCUCCUCCACCACCAAUAAGCCAUCCAAUGCCACAUCCUCCCCAGGCUGCAGGUACUCCUCACUUGGUGUACAGCCAAGCUCCACCUCCACCAAUGACCUCUGCUCCACCACCAAUAACCCCUCCCCCUGGACAUAUUAUUGCCCAGAUGCCACCUUAUAUGAAUCAUCCUCCUCCAGGACCCCCCCCACCUCAGCAUGGUGGUCCACCUGUAACUGCACCCCCUCCCCACCAUUACAACCCUAACUCUUUACCCCAGUUUACUGAAGAUCAAGGAACUCUGAGCCCUCCAUUUACACAGCCAGGAGGAAUGAGUCCUGGUAUAUGGCCUGCACCAAGAGGUCCACCACCACCUCCACGAAUGCAAGGCCCACCUUCUCAAACCCCACUACCUGGACCACAUCAUCCAGAUCAAACAAGAUACAGACCAUAUUACCAGUGAUAAUAGUGUUCUGAACUGAAGAUAUGACAAAGAAAAAGAUUAAAUUAGUCAAUCUUAUAAUUAAGCUUUGUUGGGGGAAAGAAAAUACCUCUUGAGGUGGCUAUAAAACACAAAGUCUUGUCCCUUAAAAUGGUUUUAAAUCUUGACCUUAGGAUUGCUUUCAGAUAUUACACUGUAGUACAGAGAAGUGGCUUGGUUGAGCACAACUGUAUCUUAGCAACUGUUACUUUGGUGUGGUGAAUUGACCCUGAAGUGACCAUUUGUAAAAAAAUGGAAAAUUUUUCACUGUUCCAUUUUCAAAAUACUGCUUUUAUUAAACCCAGUGUUUAGUUUUCCUUGUGAUGCAUUUUGUUAACCUAUAUAAAAGGAUUAAAUUUCAAGACGGUUGUAAAAAUGCUGUUUUAUGUGAAUUUUAAGUACAGCCAUAUAAUUUUUCUUAAACUAUAUGUUCUACCACUAAUUUUCCAAAGUUAAAGUCCUAAAAGUAAAAAUCUACUAAAAUUAUAACCAGGCAGACUGUUAUAUGAUAGGGAAUUACUUCACAUUUUAGGCAUUGAAACUUCAAGGGUAGUAAUUAUGAAGUGCACUUGGGUUUCUUUUUGUCUUUGGACUGCCUACGGAGCGCCAAGAUACAUGAGAAUUCCUGUGAUAGUUCUAAUCAUUUAGAAAAUGACUGGCUUUGCCGUCUGAGCUGCUGAUGAGAUGCUGAUGUCAUCGGUGCUUUUUUUUCUGAGUGGUUAGAAUGACGUAAUUCGUCACACUUAAGUUAUAUCACUUUAUAGGAUUGUUGCAAUGGUGUUUUUUGGAUGAAAUGUGUUCUAUGUUCACUGUCUUAACCUACAUUUUAGGGCUGAUGAAGCUUUAUUUAAAUCUGCAUUUCUUCCUAGUACUUUGAUUUUGUGUUUUCGUGUGUUCUUGUUUAUGGAACUAUAGACUGCAGCUUGAGUGCUGUGGAGGAAUUUGACUAAUGUAUUCGCAGAAGGUGUUUUGAAAAACCACAAACUAGCGUUUACUCAGGUUUCAUUGCUGUGGUUUUUCCUCCAAUUUGAAAUUGUAAAACUAUCAUUUCUUUUGUCGUUGUUGUUGUUUGUUUUUUAUAAAGCAUUCUAACAUUAUAGUGUGGAAUCAAUAGUGAAGACAACCAGAUGAUUUUGAAUUGGACAGAAAAAAGUUCAGUGCCGUGAAAGGUGCCUUUGGAGUCCGUGUUUGCAUUGUCAGGACUUGUCCAGUCCAUUGAAGAUGACCACUCAGUUUAUACAGCUUUCCUACGUAUAAGUCAUCAUUCUUAGGAUAUUAUUAUAUGUCCUUUGAAUUGACUAAACCCUUGUGAAGCUUUUCUUCCCCCUUAAAAUGGUGCAUAAUAUAAACAUGGUGUGUAGUAUUAGGUAGUUUGUAGUAUAAAAAUUUAGACAUUUGUUUUUGACAAAGGGUAUACUGAUUGGCAAUUCACCAUUUUUUUUCUGUCAGGUACAGAAACAUUCUUGUGUUAGGUGAUCAGAUACAAAAUCAUUUCUGAACUUAGCACAAGAGUAAAUAUGAACUUAGCAUUUCAUCCUUGGCUGGCCAAGAAAAACCAAAAAACUAAUGCAGUUUUUCUUGAACAAGCAAUUUUUCUCCCCACAUCUAGCAGUGUGAAAGUCAGGUUUGCUCAUGCACUAUUUGUAGUGAGAACUUUUUGUUACUAGACACGAGCGUGAAAUAGUGUGACGUGUGGUGAGUGUUCCAUCAUACUACUGUAGGGACUUGGAUUGGUGCAAACUUGAUUCCUUCUCAUACCCCUGUUUAGGAGCUUUUUACAUAUUACUGUUAAAAUCCAAAUAACUCUUUGUUUCAUGUAACUAGAAAAUAGCCAGAUUCGUGUAAGAGCUUCUUAACUGUUUAUGAGAAGCUCUUGUAAUCGAGAUUUACUAGGGUUGGGUGUGGUAAGAAAUCACUUUGCCUAUAUUUUGGACCAAAAAAUCAGUAUCAUGAAAAAAAAAUCCCACAUUAUGAGAAUUCUUGUAGGCAUUUAACAACAAUUUUCAGUUAUGUUAAUAAACAUUAUACUGGGAGGCAGGUCAGAUGAAUGUCUUGUAAUAGACAAAGUUUAAAAUGUUAGGCUUGAAUUUCAGUUAAUUGUUUGAUGAGGGUGGGUGGGUAGACAGAUAACAGGAGUGCUGUGAAGAGUCUGUCCUUGAGGAAAAGGUUGUGAAUCCCAGUGCAUUUCAGGGAAACCUUUGAAGCUGUCUGUGGUGGACGUAAGUCUAAAUGUAUGUGUGUCUCAUUAAUUUCUCUUAAAACUACUGAGGUGGCAGUUCAAUUCUUAAAAACAAUAAAAUGGAAGCAUAAA